AUGGAUAGCACUUAAUAUGCAUCACCACCUUAUCACUAUCGUUGGCUAAAUGGUAUUUUUAUAAUAUAUGUCUUUGUUAGGCAAUGAGUAUGAAGAUUUAUUAAUAAAUGGAAAAGAUCAUACAAUACCUAUGUUUGAUGAACAUCCAGAGGAUAUUUAUUAUGAACCAAAAAGUAAAUUAUAUUUAAAUUCAAUAUUAUAGAUGGUUAUUUAUACUUUUUAAGAAAAGCUUCUUUAAGGAAUUUAGGAUUUCCAAGACUAAAAGACAAUUCAAAAAAAGUGUUCAAAUGGAAAAAAAUGAACUUUUAAACACCACUUCCAAAACAUUGUCCGAAAGUAUCCUACAUAGUUUGUAGUACUACUACAUGCCUUGAUGUUCCUCAUUAUCGCAUGCAUAUUGUUUAACUUUUUAACUAACGUGAUGAAGAAGGUGUUCUCCUUUGCCAUGUAUUACANAAUACUAAUGAUUCUGAUGAUACUAAUGAUUCUGAUGAUACUAAUGAUACUAAUGAUUCUGAUGAUACUAAUGAUACUGAUGAUUCUAGUGAUGAUCAUCCUUAAAUUGUUAUUGAUGAUUAAUAACCAGAUCAUCAUGUUGAUGAGGAACCUCAUUUUGUUAUUUCUCCUCCUCCAAAGGGUCCUCAUGCAACUGGAGAUGUUGUCCCACCUGAAGAUGAAGAAUUUGCAGAUAAUUGGGAAGUAUUAUUAUUAUUUAUUACAUUAGGGAUUCAGAAAAUUAUUAGAUGCUAUUGAAAAUCAUACAAGAAAGUCUUUAGAGACUGGAGCCAAUGAUGAGGUGAGAUCUAAUUUAGGAUUUAUUGAUUUCAAAUUACAUGUUGAAUUAGAAAAUCAAUUCUUUGACAAAACUAUUUAAUAUGAAAAAGAUUAUUUGGUAAUAUAUAAUAAUAUCAUUAGGUUAAAUAAGUAAACUAAUUAACAGGUAGAAGAUAGGCUUCUAUAUUGUGUGGAGCUAGAUUAAAAUAAAUUACAGUAGCUCAUUAAGUUGCUUUGAAAGUAUGAUUCUAUAUUUAUUAAAGGAUAUUGAUGCUGCAAAAUAAUUCUAUGAAGAACAAAGAAAAUUGAAGUAAGAAGAAGUGAAUACAUUUGAUGAUGUCUAUCGCAUCUAUACCACAUAAGUGAAUCAUUGAUAAAUAUAUAUUAUUU